AAAUUAAAAAGGGAGAGAAGAAAAACGAAGAUGAAUCCUGAGACGAGGACGUGGUCGUCUUCGUCCUUAUCCGAAUCCGCUCAUCUCCUCUCGCCCACAGCCUAUCGGGUCUCCAUCGAGAUGCAACCCGGACCCGCUUCGUCCCCCAACCGCUCUGUCUUCCUCGGCGUCGACGUCGGCACCGGCAGCGCGCGAGCUGGUCUUUUUGAUGAACAGGGAAGACUGUUGGGCUCAGCCAGUAGCCCUAUACAAAUAUGGAAGGAUGGGGAUUGCAUUGAGCAAUCAUCAACAGAUAUAUGGCAUUCAAUCUGUACAGCAGUGAGAUCAGCAUGCUCUUUAGCGAAUGUUGCAGCAAAAGAAGUAACUGGACUAGGAUUUGCUGCAACUUGCUCUCUUGUUGCUGUUGAUUCAGAUGGAUCUCCUGUUUCAGUUUCAUGGACUGGUGAUGCAAGGAGAAACAUUAUAGUAUGGAUGGACCAUAGGGCUGUAGCUCAAGCUGAACGAAUUAAUUCCAGCAACUCACCAGUACUACAGUACUGUGGUGGAGCUGUCUCACCUGAAAUGCAAGCUCCUAAGCUCCUUUGGGUUAAAGAGAACUUGCAGGAGUCUUGGUCCAUGGCAUUUAGGUGGAUGGACUUAAGUGACUGGUUGGCAUACAGGGCAACAGGAGAUGAUACUCGAAGUUUGUGUACUACUGUCUGCAAAUGGACUUAUCUUGGACAUGCACAUAUGGAACUAGUCAAUGAAAAAGAUUCUCAAAGUAUGGGAGCCUGUGGAUGGGAUGAUGAUUUCUGGGAAGAAAUUGGCUUAGGAGACCUAGUAGAAGGGCAUCACGCUAAAAUUGGACGUAGUGUUGCUUUUCCCGGCUAUGCGUUGGGCUCUGGUUUGACGCCUGCUGCUGCGAAGGACCUAGGCCUGUUGGUUGGAACACCAGUUGGAACUUCACUUAUUGAUGCUCAUGCGGGUGGUGUUGGCGUUAUGGAAAGUGUGCCUGAAUCAGAGGCUCUAGUUAAUGCUGAUGAGGAUGAUAUUUCUGCACCUGAUGAGGAUGCAAUUUGUCACCGAAUGGUAUUAGUGUGUGGAACGUCAACUUGUCACAUGGCUGUUUCACGAAAUAAAAUGUUCAUUCCAGGUGUCUGGGGACCAUUUUGGUCAGCUAUGGUGCCUGAGUACUGGUUGACCGAAGGUGGUCAAAGUGCCACUGGGGCUUUGUUAGAUCAUUUACUUGAGAAUCAUGUUGCUGCUCCUCUUCUUGCUAAUCGUGCAGCGUCCCAAAGGACAUCUGUUUUUGAAUUGUUGAACAAGAUGUUACAAUCCAUGGCGGAUGAGUUGAAAAUUCCAUUUCUUUCUGCCUUGACUAAAGGCAUACAUGUCCUUCCCGACUUCCAUGGAAACAGAUCACCGGUUGCAGAUCCAAAAUCCAAGGGCAUGAUUUGUGGUCUAACACUUGAUACAAGUGAGAAGCAGUUGGCCCUUCAAUACCUUGCAACAAUUCAGGGCAUUGCCUAUGGUACACGCCACAUCCUUGAGCACUGCAACUCUCAUGGGCACGAGAUUGACACACUUCUGGCGUGUGGUGGGUUAUCAAAAAACCCUGUAUAUGUACAAGAACAUGCAGAUAUUGUUGGUUGCACCAUAAUUCUCCCGAGAGAGAAUGAAUCUGUGCUCUUGGGGGCUGCUAUACUUGGCGCUGUUGCUGCCAAGAAGUAUCCUAGCCUUCACGAGGCCAUGAAAGCACUAAAUGCAGCAGGACAGGUUGUUCGUCCAUCUAAAGACCCAAGGGUAAAGAAAUAUCAUGACGCGAAGUAUCAAGUUUUCAGGUCGCUUUAUGAGCAGCAACUUUCUUAUAGAUCCAUCAUGAAGCAGGCAUUGCAGUAGAUACGUAUGCUUCUGUUUGGUCACAUAGAAUUGCUGAAGUUCAAAACUUUGGGCAUCCACUUCACUCACAGCUCUUUAGCUCUGUCAAAGGAAUUUGAAUGAUUGCGCAAAGGAAUUUCGGCAACUAUAAUGGAGGGCGGCUGCAUACUUCAAAAUUCAGGGAUGGGCGCCAUCCAUGACGAGCCGUGGACCUGCAUAAGGCCUGUAGUUAUGUCUCUAGCUGAUUUCGUUUGCCUAAACAAUAAGAUUAGUAUCAUUAAAAUUCUCGCCAUUUUAUAGAAAUUUUCUUUUUUCUUUUCUUUUUCUUCUUUUUGAUCAAGCGAAGAUGCAGAAUGCAGAAAUUAUGCACUAUGUGUCAGACAGUGAUGCUGAGUUCUAACUUGUACUUGCCUCUGUAAAUGUGAGAAAAUAAGGAAAAGAAACAAGUGCAACAUCCUUUGUCUGCUAAUUUAUCA